GCCAAAAAAAAUGUUGUUAUUUAUUUCUUUUUCUAUGUUGACCUUUCUGAUUGAAUGCCAAGGCGAUUGCCCCACGAGAUGUGUGUGCGACGCUUCUAAAUCAGUGCAAUGCUACAGAGUUACGACCGUGCCUAAAGCCAUUCCAACGGAUACCAGAAAACUCCACCUCGGACACAACAACAUCAAGCAGCUGCGGGCAUCUGAUUUUGGUGGACUUAAUGGAAUUGAAGAGCUAGCACUGUCUUCAUGUGGAAUGGAAGCAACAGAGGCUUACACAUUUUCAACAUUAACAAAUCUCAGAACAUUAGAACUAUGGAAAAACAAGCUGAAACAUGUCCCCAGUAAACUUCCCUCCAACGUCGAAGUGCUAAAACUGGGUAAUAACAGGAUUCAGGCCUUGUGUGAAGCUGAUUUUGAAGGUUUGGCAAAACUGAAGGUCCUUGACCUUCAAAACAAUAAGAUCUCCAUAAUUCAUUCCAGCGUUUUGUCAUCUGCUGUCAGUUUAGAAAGUCUUAUUUUGGAUAGUAAUAGACUUGAAUUGUUAUCAGGACCAUUAAAGCUUGCUUACCUGAAACGUUUAAGCAUGCAAAAUAACAGACUCUCUUCACUUCCCUUGAAUUUCUUCAACUUCUUACCAUCUCUACGCUUUCUUAGCUUGUCGGGAAACACAUUUUUGAAGAUCCCGCAAGAAAUGCCACCAUCGUUAUGGUCUUUAAAGAUGGAUAAAAAUUUGAUCAGCGAAUUGGAAAUGCAAGAUUUAAGCUAUCUCAGUCACCUCUUUGAACUCUCCCUUUCCGAAAAUCAGAUCUCUGCAGCUAAUAAUGCACUGAUUUUGUCGAACUUAUCUACAGUGGAUCUGUCCAAAAACCAGCUGAAGGCAAUACCUGCUGGUCUCCCAUCACAUCUGCGAAUGUUGGAUUGUAGCCACAACUUCAUACAGAAGAUUACACUGCAGGAAUUCUCCGGAUUGUGUGGGCUCAAACAUUUGUUUCUGGAGUACAACAACAUUACCAACAUCGACCUAGAUGCACUGCAGCACUGUUUACAACUUUCUGACCUAGCACUGGAGCAAAAUUGUCUGUCAUCUUUUCCAAAAGGGCUCCCUGUUACUCUUGUAAGGCUAGACUUGAAAGGAAACAACAUACAGGACAUUUGCAAGGAGACAGUAAAAAAUCUGAAGCGGCUGCAAGUUCUAAACCUGCGUAAUAACAAAUUGUCAUCUCUAAACCCAGAAGUGUUUGCAUACUUCCCUCGCCUCAGGCGGCUUUACUUAGAUGGAAACCCAUGGAAUUGUACAUGUGACCUCAUUAAAAUAAGGGAUUUAUUAUCUGCAAAACAAUUGGAGAUUAAAAGUGGCAACUGUGCAACUCCAGCCUAUUAUCAAGGUGAGAACUGGCUAUCUUCUACCAAGAUUCUGAACAGCUGUGGAUAUAAUAUUUGGCAUAGUGUGAGAGGAAAAGCGUUUCUUGCAAGCUAUGCCAAAGUAGCACAGAAUCAUGACAGCUCAAACAACAAUGGUCCAACUGAUUAUGAAGAUUAUUAUGACUAUGAUACCUAUUGAAAAUCAAUAACUAAAACACCAAUUAUCCUAAAAAUUAUGAUUGUAUGACUGAUGUGCAAAGGGAAACAAUGUUCUAGUGUAACUUGCCUUUUAUGCUUACUUUGUCUUCACUCUGCCUGACAAAUCACAUGUAAAUGUUUAGAAUAGCUAAUUAUGAGUAUUUUAACUGUUUUUCUGUUGACCUAUAAUUUAGAUUUCUGAGUCAUUCACUAUUGUCAUUGCAUGCUACUGUAAGCUUAGUACAAGCAAUGAUUCAACAACACGGAGUAGAAAAUUCUGAAUAGUCAAUGAUGUUCAUUUGGUAUGAUAAGGUAUUUUUAUUGUCCAUGGUCAUGUAUUUUUUUUAAAAAGAGAUGCCUCAUUCAAUUUACUAUAGUUCAUAUGUGGAGGCCAAGCCAUUGGGUUCAUUUAAGGCAGAGGUUGAUAGAUUCUUGAUUGGUCAGGGCAUGAAGGAAUUCAGGGAGAAGGCCUCAGAGGGAAAAUUAGAUCAGCCAUGAUGGAAUGGCUGAGCAGACCCGAUGGGCCAAAUGGCCUAAUUCUGCUCCUGUACCUUACGGCCUUAUAUAGUAGCCUUAAACAAAAUGAGUAUUUGCAUUUUUAAGUACAAAACCAAUCAUGUCUGGGUUCUAUAUCAUGUUUUAAAUCAGU